GCCCAGGAGUGGUGCAUUCCCUGGGUGGAAUCUGAGAGCUUGGGUGCUGGAUGGGGCCGCGGCCAGAGAAUCCCCGCCCUGGACUGGCAGGGGCCUUACUCAAGGUCACCUGGCCAGGGGAAAGCAGGGCUGGGUACACUUUUUCCAAAACCUCCGACUUCUGGCCCAGGCCCUUCCCACCAUCUCAAGCACCGCCUGCUGGGAAGCUGGGUCUCCAAGGGCCAGUUCCAUCUGCUCCGAAACAGCAUGUGCUUUGGAGACUGCUGCAGACCUUCCCAGCACCGGGCGUGUCGCCAGCAGAACUGCUGCCCUCAGCAGCCCGUGGGUGAAAGGAGAACUUUCUGGAGCCUCGGCAAGGCUCAGCAUCCCCCUCAGUUCUGCGUGUGCAGAGAACUGAGUAAUUUCACUCAGACGCCCUGGAGUCACCGCUCAAACUUAAUGAGCUGCUGUCCCCCCAGCUGAUGACACUGCCGGAGUUUGCUCUGAGGUGGCGUUCCUUCCACUGGAUCUUGCUCUGACCCCCAAGCUGGACUGCAGUCGCGUCCACAUGACUCACGGCAGCCUCCACCUCCGGGGCUCCAGUGAUCCUCCCUUGAGUAGCUGGGAACACACAUCACCAUGCCCAGCUCAUUUUUGUACUUUUUGUAGAGCCAGGGUCUCGCUAUAUUGCCCAGGCUGGUCUCAAACUCCUGGGCUCCAGUGACCCGCUACCUUGGUCUCCCAGACUGCUGGGAUUCCAGGCAUGAGCCACCACGCACGGCCCCAUGGCACAACUUUAAAUCAGCUUGUGGCAGGCUCGCCUGGCAAAAGGUAUUUCAGGAUUCAGAACAGAACCCGCAGAGUUCACAGGAAAAUACAGGUUCCCCCUGGGGCCUUGGCCUGAAGCCUCUUCCUCCCUCCCCAGUACUUCUCCGCCCUCUGGCCUUGAAAUCUGCCACAUCGUUUUUAUGUCGUCUGCGUUUUUGUUUUUGUUUUUGUUUUUAAUCUGGGCAUUUCUCCAUCAUCUGGGAAGGACGCUGGUGUUGAGGCUGAUGUCCCUAUGAAGGACAUGUCCCUAUGAAGCCAAAGCUUCCAGGGCUCUGAAAAACCUCAGCUGCGUCGCCUCCUGGCCAUGUCUGCGAUUUCCUGUAUGGAGCACUGGCUGUCUCUGGGGGCUGCACCUCUCUGCAAAGUCUGCGGUGGCUGAACCAAGAAAGAAGUGGUUCGCAGAGUCCUACGGAAAUCAGGACUCCGUGAAACACUCUGAGGACACGAGGAAGGCUGGUGUCUUUCAGAGUGCAAGGCGAUUCUGGAAUAGAAAAAUCUCUUUGGGCUGAGUUGGCUAAACGUUUGUCACUGACCUGUGUCCCUGAACUACAAAACACGAAUACGUGAUUUCAGAAACAGUUUCUCUUGAGAAAUAAGCAACUGGCAAGUACUUUGGACAGGAAGUCUUUGCUAAAUUAUUCUCAUUGAUAAUGUAAGACGCUUAUCUGCGUCAGAAUUGGUCUGGGAUUUUUAACUGCGUGUUUAUGAAGCUUAUGAGGCUCAUGCAAAAGUAUCUGGGAUAAAAAUAUACCCCUGAAGAAUCUGGGGGCAAACGAAACCAGAAACAAACCUUGUGAAUUCCGCUUACGGGGGCCAACGAGGCUCGGAUGGUUUCCUUAAAACCCGCUUUUACUAAAGGCAGUGUCUUUUUGCUUAAAAAAGCUGAUGAAAAACAGGCAAACACACACAAAAACAGAGAAGCAACGCACUGCUCAGUAACGGUGCGCAGAGCGCCCUGCAUCAGGUGCGCGUGGAGAGGGAUGGCCAGCGCUCCCGCCAGUGGCCCCACUACUCAGGAGCAAGAACAGAGGGUCUCAGGCCACGCCCUGCAAAGGGCCUCGGUCAGAGGGCAGCACCCCCGUCCCCUGGCGCUGUAGGAGGCUGAGUCCAGGGGGCCUCACCGGCUUGCAUUCAGACCCUGGACUUCAGCCAGGGACAUGGGCCCCUCUCCUCCAUCUUCUCACCUGUAAAAUGGGGCCAUGCCCAGGACCUCCCUGGAAGGACAGCUAUGAAGUUAAAAUUGGCGACACGGUCAGGACACAUGCCGCCAGAACUGUGACUCCUAUAAACGGAGCUGGGAAGCCUAUGUGGCUGCCUGCUUUCCCACCUAUUCCCUUCCAUGUGCACACAUGGGACCCAGGGACCCACAGCAGGAAGGAACCCCGAGGUGGAGGACAGGAGGAAUCCACAGCUCAGUCCCAGGCAGAGGCCCAGCAGAAGCUCAUGUCCCAGGGCCGGCCUGGGGUCUGCCAUGGGCAUGGACCACGCGAAUGCUGAGGGCUGGUCCAGACAGAGCCGGAAGGCAGGGGCAGCAGAGAAACAGGCCUGAGCUGCUAGAAAGACAUAAAGCAAAGAGGAGAUGCUUCGUGGGGGUGGGGGUUCCCCGGCAGACCACCACACACCCAGCCCCUGCCAGCCUGCCCAGCUGGAACCCAGGGGCUGUUCUGGGUGGAGUGGAAGGGGGGCUGGAUGAGGCACCUGUGUAGGCAGGAGGCCUUCAGAGUGAGGCUCUGACUCAGCAUAAUGGGCAACACCGGGAGUGUUUUAGAAAUUCAGGGUCCCGGGCCUGUCCCCAGCUGCCUCACAUACAUAUCUGAGCAGCACGGGCUUGGCCUGUGCCCAGCCAGCACCCAAGGGACAGGCCCCACCAGACUGGCUGCUCAGCCCCUUCUACCUUUUAUGGAGUGGGUUCUGGCCCUCACAGACCCUGAAACCGUGCUCUCUCCUUCAAGACUCCUGUGAAGGGCUCCAAGACACCCCAACUCUCCACAUGCAAAAUGUGACCCAGCCAAGGCCUGUCCAGAGGCGCUGGCCAGAAACCCGGGAGACUCUCCUCCCCGUGGGCAGCCCCUACAGUUCCCCAACGCCCCUGCUCCGCCUCACCCUGCCCCAGUCUCUUCUCUAUUUCUCUCCACUCCACAGACCAGCCGGGGGGUCUCAGGGGCCUCUGACAGACCAGGUGUCCCCUACGCCCCUUCCCCAGCCCUUUCCCCAGAUCCAGUCCAUUCUGGAGCAGCUAUUAGGGACUUUGAAAAUGCCAUCUGACCCUCUAUUCCUGCAACCUGAAACGCCCAGCGUCCUCCUGCUCUCAGAACAAAGCCCCCAGGCCUGGCCUGGCUGCAGGGUCCCCUCUUGGCCACCCACCCUGCCCAGCACCUUCUCUAGAGCCCAGCCUUGGGGGCACUCCAACUUGAAUGUGUGUGGGAUUGUGAGGACACCUGCCUUUCAGAGCCCCAGUGCGAAGCUCCUGAAUCAGGGGGCCUGGGUGGGGCAUCUCUUAAGGAGCUCUGGGUGGCAUCUGGCUGCUGGGCCACCCCACACCCCUCCGAGGGCCCUGCCCUGGCCCAGGCUGACAGCAGCACAGGGGUCCAUCCUGUCUCCCACCACCGCGGCAUCCUCCACGCCUUUCCCGGCCACUUGCCUCUGUGGCCCCUCAUGGUCGUCAUGGGGAGGUCACCCCAAACCCGGCUCCCUUCUGCAUCAAAUAUCCUUAAUACUGCUCCCGAGGGCCUGCGCUGGCUGAACCUGCUCAGUGACUCAGGAGCUGACUCCAUUUCAUUCGCCAGCAGCAGGCUUUGGGGCAGCAGGCAGUACACGGCGGUGCUCAGGAAACCGUGCAGUGGAUGAAUCACCGACCUGGAUGGGCUCGGAGCCAGACUUCCCGGUCCAGUGCGUACUGGCUCAGAGGCUCCCAGGGCACCUUCCUGAGGUCCUCCUACCUCAGUUUCCCCCUCCAAAGUAGCACCCGUUGCAGCAAGUGAGGAGACUGACGUCAGGUGCUUAAACAGUGCACACACAACACUUGGCAUGGCUCGGUAGCCACGGGAGGGUCUUCCAGCUGUGCAAGGUGGAAACAACUGGCCUGGCCUGGUGCUCCCAGCUGUGUGACCUUGGGCAACGCACUCAACCUCUCUGGGCUUCAGUUUCCCCAUCUGCAAAAUGGGGAUGCCAACCCCAAGGAAAUCUAAUAGGACCAAAGAAAUCUAAUAGGACCCAAGGAAAUCCAACAAGACCAUCUUCUCUGUGGCUCUGGCUACACCCCAGGCACUGCGCUAGCACAGGUCUCCACUGUCUCUCAGUCCCUGCUUACCCAUCGCUGAAAGGGGAACCCUGAGGCCCAAGGAUGUAGGAAGCAGCCCCUCUAACUUUGCCUACAGCCCUGCAGCAUGCGGCACGGCACCCACCUGUGCAGAAGGGAACUGGGCCAGAGAGCAGAGAGCAGCCAGCAGGCAGGGCUUCCCCCGCCACCCUCCUACCAGCCAAGCCCUUCCCUUCCCAGGCUGAGGGCGCCAUCUGCUGGGGGCAUGGGCUCGGCACCCGGGUUCAUCCCUUUGCUUAGUUUCCACCUCGUCUCGGGCCCCUCAUAGGGGGCUGCACCUUUACGUGCCCCUAUUCAGUCCCUGGGGUCCCCUCACCCUAACUACCUCCCCACCUCCAGGACAGACCUCUGGAAAUCAACUUUGACCCCAAGGGCCCUGGGGAUGGCCCAGAGAGGACUCGGCAGGGAGAAGUGUGCAAUGGUGGGGCCAGCUCCGGAAUCUUCUCUCUUUUCAUUGGUGCCAUUUGAACGCAGUGGCUUGCCCAGUGAGGCAGGUCUGAGACUCGAAGCAAGGUACUUCUGCUCCUUGUCAGUGCCAAGGGGGUGAACCCUCAGCACCCCCGGCUCAUGCUGUCCUGGCACAGCCUUUGCCCCCUCGGUACCCUCUGUCUGGGCUCUGUCCCCUGCCUGCCCUCUGCCCAGCUUUUCUGUCCUGUCCUUCCUUCAGUGUGGAGGAGCGGGGGCUGCUGGAGCCCUGGCUGGCUGUCCUAGAAGGGAGAUGUCCCGUCUCCUCUCAGUUCCAAGGCCUGUGUGGUUUGGGAGUAAGACUUCAGGCUGCACGGAGCAGGGGAAUUUUCCUCUGAGGAUGGGGCCUGCACAGGCCCAGGUCUGCGUCUGUGGAUCAGCUGACGCUCCGUGUCACGCUCCCUGGCCAGCCACAGCAGAACAGUGUGGGGCCUCUCACACCUGACAGACUCCUGGCUCUGGGCACCAGUUGUCGAGGAGCUAUAAUAAGGAUUGCUUUGAGUCUCAAGGCUGCUGAUGGAGAAACUGCAGAAAACGCCUGGUCUCAUUCCAGGAACUGCAGGAGGAGCCAGAACUGGGAUGGCGGGCAGUGAGGGCCAGGCCCCGCGUGCAUCUGCAAGGCCCAGGACUCAGCUUUCUGCAGCAGCAGGUGACCUGGGGCAGCCUCAGGGUCACCCUGGACCAGCGCUCUGGUCUUAGUUCCUCCCAGUGGCGAGAGGGGGCAGGCGCCUAGGCCCCGUUUAGCACUGCUAAGCCUCAGCUGCCCAUCCCACGUGGGAGGCUGGGCAUCCCUUCAACCGCCAGGGCCCCUGCCCACAGAAGCCUCACGGCCCUCUUGACCCUGCUGAGGCCAUUCCUAAACCCGACAGGUAGCAAAGUGCACAGCUACUGGAACCCUGGGCCCAAAAGCUUCUGAGCCAGGUCUUAAGAGAGUCACUGCAGCCACCUGGCCAAGUACUCGAUAAAUACACCAACACACCCUUUCCCUCCUUUACCUUUAUCUGUUUUAUUUUAUUUACCUAUUUAUUUUUGAGAUGGAAUUUCACGCUUGUAGCCCAGGUUGGAGCGCAGCGGCCUGAUCUCAGCUCACUGCAACUUCCACCUCCUGGGUUUAAGCGAUGCUCCUACCUCAGCCUCCUGAGUAGCUGGGAUUACAGGCACCUGCUGUCACACCUGGCUAAGUUUGUAUUUUUAGUAGAGACAGGGUUUCUCCAUGUUGGUCAAGCUGGUCUCGAACUCCUGAUCUCAAGUGAUCCACCCGCCUCGGCCUCACAGAGUGUUGGGAUUACAGUUGUGAGCCACCAUGCCUGACCAUGUUCACGUGUACAAUUCAGUGGCAGUCAGGCCUUCACAAUGUUGUGCCGCCACUACCUCUCUCAUUCCAGAACUUUUUCAUACCUAAAAGGAGACCCCAUGCUCCGAGCAGUCACUCCUCUAGCCCCUGGCAGCACAAGUCUGCUUUCCGACACUAUGGACUGGCCUGUUCUGGAAGUCCCACAUGAACAGACUCAUAGACCAGACGGCUCUGGUGACUGGCUUCUGCCACUCAGCAUGAUGUUUUCACAGUCCAUCCACGCUGCACCACAGGUCUGCUUGGGCACCCUUGCAAGGAUGGCUUCGGGUUCUUUCCUCCCGUGGGUGCCAGCCGCCAGGGGCAGCCCACACUCAGCCGGGCCUCCCUGCACACAGACCCGCAGCACCUCCAGAAUAAGCCAGCUCUGAGCACAGCUCCACCCCUUCCGCUGCCUGGACCUGAGGGACCCCAGGCACCAUCCCGUGGAUAUUCAGAAGGUUUAGAAUGCCACCGAUGGCUGAAGGGUGACAUGUAGAAAGAUCUCACCAAAACCAGUUUUCCAAGAAAACAGAAACUGCCAGCAUUCACCCAAGUAGAGACGCAGACAGAUCUGGAAUCGGGGCGGAAACAGAAGAAAGCUGUCCAAAGAUUCACUCCAGGAAUGGCAAAAGCUGACAGCUCCUCAGCCCGAGGCUCCUUCAGACGUGGAAAACCACCAUGCACGAAGCCCUUCCAGAGCACAGCCAAAGAUGGGGGCCCCCACCCCUCCGUGCCGGGAAUCGUGCAGCCCAGACCCUGCCAUCCCAAGCAGAGCCUGUGGGCCUGCCUGUGCCCCCAGCUAAUGGCAGCCGAAUGGGAUGACGGCAACGUGGGACUCGGGUCUGGGCCAUCUGUGCUCAGGCUGGUGGCGGCAUGGCCUGCAGAGCGCAGGAGGCAGCCUCCGCCAGAGGGAAGAAGCGAGACGGGGGCUUGGAAGGGGAACUCUUGCAGAAAGUCAUCCUGGAGACGCCGGCCUGCAGUCCCCGAAGGUGCUCCUCAGGUGCCUCCACCCCAGCCCUGGGGCCUCCGGCUGCUGCCCUUAGAACAAGGUGCAUCUUACCCAGAACGUGACCCACUGUUGGUGACCAAGAAGCCACCACAGCCUGACCCCAGCUUCCUCAUCCCUUGCCUCCCUCCAGGUGGCACUGCUCUCCCCACUCUCACUGUCACAGGCACCCAAGAGAGGGUGGAAGGUGGCAGAGAUGGGGGGUCAUGGCACCUGUCACAGGCCCCAGCUGGCUGUGUGGCCCCACAGGCCCCUGGUGUCUCUGAGCCUGUCUCCAGCUUUAAGCUCCCGUACGUAUGGACCGACUGCCUCCGCCUCUCAGGACACGCUGCCAAGCUGCAGGAAAGCCGGUGCAGGCUGCAAAGGCCUCAUCGGUGCUGCCACUCCCGUGCCCUGGCAGAUGCUUCAGCCUUUGGGGAUGCCUCUCCUUUCACCUCCAAAAGUCCUGCCGCUGAUCCAACAAUCACAGUCACACUUCCCAGCAGUUCCCAAGCCCUGAGCUUCCCAUACCAGAUUCUGAACACACCUCCGCAUCCCACAGAACCCCCAAGGAGCCUACCGAGAGGAAGGUCAGUGAAGAUUCACGUGAGCAGAGAUGUCCAACAGGCAGGCGUGCAGGGAAGAGGGGCAGGGGAGGAAGAGGCCGGGACGGAGGGUGGGCCUGAGCCAGACACCCUCGUGGGCGACUGCAACUGGAUCCUGCCCGGGAGCUCUGGGACCCACCAUGAAAGACAUGCGUUCGAGGUCCACCCACAGGAGGGAUCUGGGGUAUUUAUACACCAGCUCCCACGGACAUGAGUAAAGGGCUCCUCCCCGGGGCGUUCACCUUCCAGGACUUCUGGCCUCCUCCAGGCCAGGUGGGCUCCUGGGCCACAGAAAGCACCCUCGAAAACAGAUCCUUUUGGGGAUAAGGUCUGACAUCAUUCGCUCUG